GCGUCGGGCCAGUCUUGAAACUGUCUGCUGAAAGCUCUUCCUGUGCUAUAUCCGCCGUGAACUGUGAACUAUAACACUUCGUGAGUUCAUUUGCUAACAUGGCCGCCUCGUGGCUGCUGAAGAGAUGGUGCUCCACAGCAGCUACUGUGACAACCAAGGGCACAAGAUGGCAAAGACUGAUAAACAGUCGCGCAGGUGUAUGGUGCCGUAGUCUUUUAAGCGAUUAUAAGGAGGCUUGUCGUGAGGCAGUUUUGGGGGCCCGGGAGCGACCCCUCAAAGCUUCAGUGUACCUGGGUCUUAUGGGAGGAAUGUACGCCUGCUGUUACACCAACCCCGACGAUGGUUCCUUUGAGACCAGCCUGCUAGAAACCUCCAACCGUCUGGCUCUCCUGUCACCAUGGAUACGCAGUGGCACCUCAGAUGGACACGUCCAGACCCUUGUGAAACUGCGAAAUGAGGGCAGGCUGCGCUAUGUCAGUCUGGGCAUUGCCUCUUUGGCUUAUUACACAGACUACAACUCUGAGGCCAGCCUGUAUGAGGCGCGUUGUUCAGCAAUCUCUGUGCCCUGGACAGAGCUGCCAAAACGUGUGCUGGAUGUGGGCUUUGCGGGACGCUGGUGGGUGCUUGAUCAUAAAAUGAAGGAUUUUGAUAUAAAUGAGGAGGAGUUCAAACAUCUAACUCCUGCUCUGGUGGCAACAGUCCCCCCGUCAGCCCAGAUAACUGAAAGGAACGAAAAGCUUCAUCAGGAAUCGUGGAAAGCUGUGGUGAUGGAGGAUGAGAGCUAUGAAUUCGAUAGUAUACAAAAAGACAUGGACAUAUCCGUUAAAGGAAAGGAAAGCAACACAACAUAGAAAGAUGAACGUGUUAACUUUGUGUUAUCUCACAAAUGACCCCAGUGAUCGUGCUUGCAAGAAUCAGCUGUUGAUAAGAAAUGAAAAGUAAAAGAUAUGGUAGCGGAAAUCAUUAUUAUAACGUGUUUAUGGAAGUAAGCAAUAUUACAAUGUAUUCUGUUACUUCACUGCUAAAGUUGUGUACAUAAGUGUGACAGGAUGACUACAAAACAUUAAAACAUCUGCAGUGUU